AUGGCGUUUGCGUGUCAGCGUGAUUCGUACGCGAAGGAGUUGGUGACGACUGUUAAAUCUUGCACAUCUGCGAAGAUAGACGGAAAAUUGGACGGAUACGAGGUCAUUCUAGGCGACACGGUUUUGUUUCCUGAAGGUGGAGGGCAACCGGAUGACCGCGGGACGAUUGAUGAAGUGUUUGUUGAGAGGGUGAUUCGGCGUGGUGGAGAAGCUGUGCACUAUACGACAAAGCCGUUGGAAGUUGGUAAAGAAGUAAAACUCAAAGUCGAUUGGAAGCGACGAUUCGAUCACAUGCAACAACAUACUGGGCAGCAUCUGGUUACGGCACUAGCUGACAACAAAUACGGAUUUAAAACUGUUUCCUGGUGUCUCGGUCCCCAGAAAUCCUUCAUUGAACUUGAUUGCACUAAAAUGUCUCAACAACAGAUUGACGACCUUGAGGUUGUAGUGAAUGAAUGCAUACGAGCUCAAACGCCAGUCACACCUCACGUUCUGCAAGUUGGAUCGCCAGAAUUGGAAGAAGUUCGAUCUCGUGGUCUUCCUGAUGACCAUGUGGGACCUGUCAGAGUCAUUGAAAUACAAGGUAUUGACUCAAACAUGUGUUGUGGCACUCAUCUUUCAAACCUCAGUCAUUUACAAUCAAUCAAGCUUCUUCAUACUGAGAACAAGCGAGGUCACGUCCUCCUCUAUUUUGUUGCAGGGCAACGAGUGCUGGACUAUCUCAACAGGACAGUAAACAAUGAAAGAAACCUUAGCAAACUGUUAAGUUGUGGACCUGAAGAUCACGUGGAGUGUGUUGAGAGACUACAGAAGGCACAGAAAUCAUCAGCCAAAGUGACUCGGUCAUACUUGCGAGAGAUUGCACAACUGAUUGUUUACAACCAUUUACACAAUGAGUCACGUGAUCCUGUGGCUUGCAUUCACAGAGAUGAUGGCGACAUGGAAUUUAUGAAUUCUGUAGCAAAUGAACUGGCACCACAGGGAAUCGUUUGUCUUAUUACCGUCGGCCCUGAGAAAGGAGCUGGUCAGUUUCUAUUGGCAGGAUCUGAAGACAUCAUUUCUAGUCUUGGCCCAAAAGUUGCUGAGAUACUCGAUGGCAAAGGAGGAGGGAGGAAAGGUCGCUAUCAAGGGAAAGCAAAUGGCCUACGAGGAAGGGAGAAGGCUGAAGCUUUGAUUCGAGAAGCAAUGGAAAACAAGACUGUUGAAUGAUGGAGUGUGCGUUUUAGGCAAUUUGUAACUUGUAAUGUGGGUUGACAAUUUUUAGUGACUUUUCGAAACUAUUGCUACUGUGCAGUGUGGAGAGAUGAAAACAUGCGGUUGCUUGUUGCAGUA